AUGAAGAAGUUUCCCCCUCAGCUCAGUCUCUGGUGGAAGCACCUGGUAGCACCAGUGAAGGCAGCACUAAGGGGCAAAGUGCCAGCGUUGCAACAGGAAGUCUGCUCCGCUCAGUUCUGGCUCAAAAAGGACGACUUUGGUCCAGAAAGAAGGAGAUUAUGCCCUCUGCUCUACCCCAGAACCUGCUCCCUCUCCUGGGCAGAGGACUCAGUGUCAGCUCACUUUCUGAAAGUCAACCAUUGGAGCAUCAAAGCAAAAGAUUUCCGAUGAGAGUAAAGUCUCCAGAAUCGGCUGUAGAGUCAGGCCGGCCAAGUCAGCCUCCUUCGACAGACUCAGCGUCUGAGGCGCCGCACACACAGACACACACACCUGAACCUGAAGCUGAGAUCACAACUGUGAGCACCAUCCUGGACAUGGACACUGAACUACCUUCACCAGCUGCAUCCAGCUGCACGCUGAAUUUCACCGAGGCUGAGGGUUAUAUCGACUCCUCUGACAACCCUCCCCUGCCUGACGGCGUCUUCCUGCACUGCACCUACACCAUCACAGUGUACACCGGCUACGGAGUGGAGCUGCAGCUCUUUGUGGAGGAACAGUGAAGAAUGCAACUGUAGGGAGGGUGUUGUCCCCUUCUCCCCACCAUGGGCCUAACGCCACCCUUGACCGAUCCUGCUCCUGGUCCCUGGAAGCGCCCAAAGACCAAAGACUACACCUACACCUGGAGAGACUGGCUUUAGGUCCAACAGACAGGCUGGUGCUGUGGAGUGGUCUGGAUGCUGGCUCCGUGGUUCUGUUCGACUCAGGUCGAGGGGGACAGAUACCAUUCGAAGGGGUGAUAAGUGAAGGUCCAGCUGUGAGGAUCCAGUUCAUCACUGAUCAGCCCAACCACAACAUGGGCUUCAACAUCCGCUAUGAAGCGUUUGAGCGUGGCCACUGCUAUGAGCCGUACCUUCAAAAUGGAAACUUUACGACGUCAGACCAGCUGUACAGUGUUGGAGCUGUGGUUCAGUUCACAUGUGACCCAGGCCACUCUUUAGAACAAGGGCCACCUGUGAUCGAGUGCAUAAGUGCCAGGGAUCCAUACUGGAAUGACACUGAGCCACUCUGCAAAGCCCAAUGUGGGGGUGACCUGACUGGUCCAGGUGGAGUGAUUCUGUCUCCAAACUGGCCUGAGUGGUAUGGAGAGGGAGAGGACUGCAGCUGGAGAAUCCAUGUUGGCGAGGACAAACGUGUUCUGCUUGAUGUACAACUACUGAACAUCAGCGACAGCGACAUGUUGACCAUCACCGAUGGAGAUGAGAUCACGACUCGUAUCCUGGGGCGUUAUGUCGGAGGCAGCAGCCCCUUCAAGCUGUCUUCCACGACUCCAGACCUAACUAUCGCCUUCCACUCGGACCCUGCUGGUCUUGUCUUUGGGAAGGGUGAAGGUUUCAUCAUCAGCUACAUGGAGGUGUCCCGUAAUGACUCCUGUCCAGACCUACCUGAAAUCCAGAAUGGCUGGAAGACAACGUCGCAUGUCGCUCUGGUGCGAGGAGCUCGAAUCACCUACCAGUGUGAUCCAGGUUAUGACCUGGUGGGACGGGAGACCCUCACCUGUCAGCUGGAUCUCACCUGGAGCUCCCAGCCCCCCUUCUGUGAAAAGAUCAUGUACUGUUCAGAUCCAGGCCAUGUGGAGCACUCCACCAGGUCACUGUCUGACUCUAAACUCCUGGUUGGUACAACCAUUCAGUACAGUUGUAACCCUGGCUUCAUUAUGCAGGGUGGUGCCACCAUUACCUGUUACGGCCGUGAGCCGGGGACGCCUGUGUGGACUUCUCGACUCCCUCACUGUGCAUCUGAGGAUUCUGUUUCCUGUGAGAACCCUGGUCUCCCUGAUAACGGCUACCAGAUCCUGUCCAAGAGGCUGUACCUGCCUGGCGAGUCGCUCACCUUUGUUUGUUACCAGGGUUAUGAGCUCAUCGGAGAGGCUGCCAUUAAAUGCAUCCUCGGGAACCCGUCGUUCUGGAGCGGCCCGCUCCCACUCUGCAGAGUUGCAGAGGCGACUGCAGGCUCCCCUCUGGACGGAGGAAACAUAGCCUUGGCCGUCGUCAUCCUCAUUCUGCUGCUGUCUGUGCUGCUGGGUGGAGCGUAUGUCUAUGUCACAAGGUGCCGAUACCAGUCCAACCUGCGGCUGCCUCUGAUCUACCCGCACCCUUACCGACAGAUCACUGUGGAGACGGAGUUUGACAACCCGCUGUAUGAGACGGGAGGACAGGACUCUCGUGAGUAUGAAGUAUCAAUAUGAGAAGAUUUCUGACCCCAUCGCCCAUGCUGAAUCUUUCCUUCCCUGCCCCACUCUGCCCAGGAGGAGGCGAUGUAAAUAUAACUAAUGAUGUCCAGCCCCUCCUGCUGUAAAACGCAGUGAUCGAUCCUUUCCCCCUUUCAUGUGGUAGCUUUUAUAGAUGUAGUGGGAAAUAGAAGAGAAAUGGUGAAGCGAAGGGGAGACAGAGCAGCCAGCGAAAGGAGAAGUCAGGUGAUGUGUGGAUUUGGACCAGAAGAGGUCAGGGACAAACGAAGAGAAAGAUAUCAGGGACACAGCAGGAGAAAAAUGUAGACAAAAGAAGUUUAAAUUUUAUUUUUAUUUUUCUCCCUUGAAUUCAUUUAGCGGAAUCCUGGAAAUAAAAUCCCUCAAUAUUUUCAUUAAAGUGGAAGCCCAUUUUUGAUACAAUUAUGGCUGUUUUAUUUUUCUGCAGUAGAGAAUAAAUGUGUUUUGUAGUUGUCUUUGUUAUGAGCAGUAUUAGAAAUAAAAUGCAAACAUAAGACACAGAUCAAAGGUGAUAAAAUUACCAGGAUGCUGUGCAGACUAAAGUGGCCAAAGCCACACUUACCUGGAUAUUAGUAGAUUAUAUCAAUUAUAAAACCUAAAUUGAAUAAUGAGGGGGUAUUUUGUUAUUGCUGCAAUCAUCUGUAAUCUUUAACUCAAACAAACAGCAAGUAGAAGUUGAGUCGAAGCAUUCUUUUGCCAAAGAAAAAUCAACCCCAAUUCUUCAAGAGAUGGGACAAAAUGUAAAUAAAAACAGAAUGCAAUGAUUUGUAAAUCUCAUACACCCAUAUUUUAUUCACAAACAAAACACUGUAAAUAUAAAUGUUGGAACUAAAUUGUAUAUUUUUCAUGAAUUAAACGGUAAUUUUGA